UUCACGUCCCGCCUACCUGUCCUCCAGAUGCCGCCUCGUCCUCUCGUCCCGCCCACAGUCUCCCGGCGACUUCGCACGUCGCCUCGCCCCACGUCGCCCCGAGCCGCCUCACGUCGUUCCGUUUGCACGUCUUUCCGCCCCGCGUUUCCCCGCCCCACGUCUCACUGCCAACCUCAGCCCGCCUCGCGUCACGCGGUAGGCCGUCGCUCGGCUGAGAUGUGGGCGGCUCUCGGCGGGGCCGGGGGUCUCCACGUGGGGCUCCUUCUGGGCGGCGCUCGAGGCCUGCACAGCUCGCCUGUCUCCUGCGGCAAGAACCUACUCAAGAAAUUUGCUUCGAAAACUAAGAAGAAGUUUUGGUAUGAAGGUCCUUCCUUGGGCUCUCACUUGGAGACUCACAAGCCGUCUCAGUUGGCAUCCCUGACAAAGAGCACCUCCAAGAGAGCCAGGAGGGAAGACCACGUGCGCCUGAGGGCCCUGAACGGCCUCCUCUACAAAGCGCUGACUGAGUUGCUGUGCACCCCGGAAGUGAGCCAGGAGCUCUGCGACUUGAAUGUGGAGCUCUCCAAGGUCUCUCUGACUUCAGACUUCUCCACCUGCCGCGUGUACUGGAGGACGACUGUCUCUGAGGCUCAGAACGCAAACGUGGGGGCCGUCCUGCAGAGGAGCGCUGCGCACAUGAGGCACCUUUUGAUGUCCCAGCAGACCCUGAGGAACAUGCCGCCAAUAGUGUUUGUUCAGGACAAAAAAAAUGCAGCUGCAGUGGAGGUUGAUCGGUUACUGGCAAUCGCUGAUUUUGGACCCCCGGAUGAAAAAGACUUUGAGCAAAAUGAUUUCAGCGCCCCCGAGGCCCUGGACACUACAUCGCCACGUGGUACCCUGGGCCCUGCCGCACCGUCAAGUCUGUGUGGGAUCGACCACGAGGCUCUCAACAAGCAGAUCCUGGAGUACAAGAGGAGGAGAGAGAAGGGGUGUGGGAGCACGGGCCCAGCGUGGCUGGAGCCCACGGCUGAGCUGAUGAGGAAGAGGAAGGCCGGGCCCUGCGUGGACGACGACCUCCCGCCCAAGGACUGCCUGUGGGAGACGGGGAGUGACGGGCCCCUGGACGGCGGGGCCCUUCCUGAGGAGCACACCCCAGGACGCAAGGGGGCUCCAGGGGCAGAGGGGAACCAGAGGCAGAGAGAAAGGAUCGCGGGUCCUGACCCGCUCCCGUGAGCACACAGAGACCCGUGCUGCUGGUGCCCCCGGGAUGCCCUCGUGCAGGUGCAGGCUGAGCUGUGCGGGUGUCACCUCUGAGCCCUUCAGACCUAUUGCUGUGCUACAGUGAGAGAUGGGGUGAGGCUGUGGAGAGGGUGUGAAAUCUCUUAGGUCAAUGGCGUGCGGUCUGCCGUCCAUAUUUGGGGUUCCAGGCUUGCAUGUUCGCUUGCUCACUAGAGUUUGUCCACGGCCCCCAGAUCCAUACUUGUGGCACUUUCAUGGUCGUUCUUGGACACGCACAGACCAGUGGGAUGCACAUGUGGCCUGUGGUCACACCAGGCACUGCUCUGUCUGCUUUGUUCAUCUUGGGCUGUGAACAGCCACCCUCUCUGAUCGGGUUAGCACCACGUUAGUGCCUUCUGACAGAGAUUUCACUCAUGGUGCCUAAGUGCAAGAGGCCGUGAUGUGUUUCCUAGAGAAAGCACGUGUUAGAUGAGCCUCUUUAGGAAAUAAAUAAUCAUUUAAUUCUGACACAGAAACGUUGUCCUGGGCUUGGGGCAUCUCCAUUUCCCAACUAUCAUUGACCUUGAAACACUGAAAAUGAUAAAGUUCAGAUGAUUGGAGAAAGGUACACUAUUAAGCUAAAGCAAGGAAACCUGUAACGUGGCUUUUCAGGGAGUGUAAUUUCCCUGCUUGUAAACUGUUUCAGGAAGGAAAGCGUUGCCUUGCCUCUGCAGCAGUGGCAAGCCCCAAAUGCCACUUUCCGUGUCGGCAUCUGGGACCAGGUGUGAUGCCCCAGCAGGGAUAUGGCACCGGGAAGCUCCGUCUCUGCCGGGACACUGGCCCCCUCUGAAGGGACGGCAUCACGGGCCGCCCUGUGGAUGCUCCAGGCAUGUUGCUGUUUGAGUGGUGCUUGUGGGAUCCUGCCCCGGAAGGGUGCACGUAGCCUGUGUGGGGGCUGUUUCCAUUAGGAGUGUGGGUUGCUUACACAGCCUCUUACGACCAGAGAAGAAAUGUCCAGAGGGAGGAUUGACCUGUGUUAAAAUGUGCACGGGAUGUGUCCUGAUCAGGUGUGGUAAGAUGACAGAGUUGGAAACUGCUACCUUGAAAGAAGAGUUCUUGACUCACAGCUCCCGAGAGGAGGGGUGCAUCACGCUGCACAGGGCCCACGAGGAGCGCCAGGGUCUGUCAGCAGGCCGAGGGUGAGGAGGAAGCGUGGCUGAACCCGUCCCGAGGCUCCUGGAGGACGGAGUGGGCCAGGUAGGGUGAGCACGUCUGGGCAGGCCUGGGGUCGGACAGCUUGGUCAUUUCAGCAGGCUCCGGGCUCUAGGGGUGGCUUCCAGUUGUCCAGUCCCUGGCCCUGGGGUGACUUGGGGCAGAGGAGACACUGGCUGGGGAGGGCUCGGGCUUGGCUGGUCUGCGUGUGAGUGGUGCGCUCACGGGGAGCUAGCCAGCUUGCGGAGGGGUCUCUCCCCAGCCCACAGGCCCCCAGGAUGUCAGAACAUUACAGAAAAUAAACACCGUGGUUAAUACCCGACAGCACUGAGCAGUCUUCUCCACUGACUGCGUCUGGGCCUACACUGCAGAAAGUGCCCAGAUCCCAAAUUGCAAGGGGCAAGCGUGGUGGCAGGCGAUGAGUGCACCGGCCCUGUGAGUGCAAGAAGCCGGGACCGUAGGAGAGGCGGGUGCACGAUGCCGCUUGCCCUUCUUCCUGCCUGUGCCCCAGCCUAAGUUCUCUAUGAAGUUAAGUGGCAGGAACAGGAGUUUUUUGCUCAGACCAGGAGUUUUUGGUUUUGCUCCAUACUCUUACAGGAAGGAGUUACAGUGGUUUGUAAGGGUACAAGAGGGGCCAGGAGUCAGACAGACGGUGUAAAAGGAAGGAGCCUGGGACAUGACCCUGGAUGUCCUCCACAGGCCCUGGAAUGCCGGUGCUGGGACGGCUGAUCCCUGACAGCCCUGCACCUGCCCCAGGCACCUCACCACAAGUGCAGAUGCCGUGUAAUAGCUGCAAGCACGCUGCUCAUUUGAUGUGAAAAGAGACAAAACUGAAUACAGGACGCACCCAGCUCACCUUUCGUUUUAUUCAAAGGGCAUAGAACUUUGCUUCCUCAGAGCACAUGGAAGGAGCUCCCAGGCUGCUGGACACGUGGAGCUGGGAGUGGCCGCUCAGAGAUGGGGGGAAGCUCCGUGCCUUUCCCCGUCCCUCGUCCUGUGCACCUCUUCCAUCUGGCUGUUCCCGGGUUACAUCCUGUCAUAGUAAACCAGUGACCUGCAGGUGGAGCUCAUUAGCAACCAGAUGUCCUACAACUUAAACUUACUGAAGACAGAACAAAGGGACUCUGACUAUGGAUAUCUUAGAAAGGGCCCUCUGAGCAGCCAAAGAACAAAGCUGAAGAUGACCGAAUAUUAAGCAUGUGAAAACAGCCAAUAGGAAAGAAAAAUUGACAGUCUUCCAGGGGAGCACUGCCCACGAAAGUUACUUUCAGUCUUGAAAAACUUCAUGUUCUUCAAAAGGGUUUUUCUGCCUUGAGUUUUCCUCUGAUGUCUUGGCCUUCCAAGUCCUAUCGGUAAAGUUCAGAAUACCUAAAAUUUUCUUACGGCAUCUUCUGUUCAAGAAUUUGUGAUACGUAUAGUUUUCUGUUGUUUUUUUUUAAUAAAAAGAGUAAGUAGUUUUCAUCAUAUGUUUUAAAAAGCAUAUUCAAGUCAUCACCAUCAAAACUGUGUCGUAUCUAAGCUCUAGAGUAAAAGAUGGGGAAAGCCUGAGCAAGUGAACUGCCCCAUCGCCUACCUGCCUGUGGGCUCGACACCAGCCUGUUGAGAGGUGUGGACGCCCGUAUCCGAAGGUCGCGUUUCAGAAUUUGCUCAACACUUAAUUGAAGGUUAUCAAAGCUGUGUGAAUGGAACACUGGAAAGAAUAAUGCGUCAUGUGACAAAGUAGAGCUCAAAUUUGCCUUUUAAAGACAGUUCGAGAUGAAGAACCAAAAUCUAUCAGAUGAAAUUUGACAGGAAUACACACAAACUCCUGUGUUUGAGAUUUAAAAUGUUAAUAAGCUACAGGAUUGUGGGUUAGGUGAAAAGGGUCUGGUGGUCCCACUGAGUUCUGGCUGAGCUGAGGCGGGCGCGCUGCUGGGGCUGUGGAUGGAAGCUGCGGCUUGGCGGGGGUGGCUGUCACUCUGGCUCCGGACCCUGGAGCCGAGUUUAAACAGGACUUCGAUGGUGAAGAGCCCACAUGCCCAUAACCCUGUCCCCAAGGCCCUGAAAUGUGAGCGUCAGCCUCUCGGGGAGAGCCACGGUCCUCGAGACCUGCUAGGCAAGAGUGAAGCACGUGCCGAUCCGCCAGCAGUGGACUGCCGUGCAGGUUUGCCCCAGAGUCGAAGGCAGACGUUCUUGCUGCUCAGAGGAAGGAGAAGACAAGCAGCAAACGCAGGAGUGGCUUUGAGGCUCUUUCUCACCCUGUGCCUGAGAAAAGCAGAGAAGAAACAGAUGCGGAGCCAAGAAACCAGACAGACAUUGGGCAUUAGGAUCACUGGAAAAAAUCCGGGUUUGAGGGUGAGUGGGAGAAGCAGAAAGAAGACAAGACACGAUUCUCUGCAUACAAGGAGGGUGGAGCCCCGGGUCAUCCAGGUCCGACAGGCGGAAGAGGCAGUGUGCUGCAGAGAAGGGCUUUCCAGCCAUGUGACUCUUAAACCUGCUGCCCUGGGUUCAGUGCUUGGAUCUGACACUUGGUGGCGGAGUGGCCUCUGCUCCGUUUUCUCCGUGGUCGGGAUACUGGUAGCAUCUACCUCAGAGGUCACUGGGAGGACUGCCUGGGUGGCACGUGUGGCAGCACUUAGCAGAGCCUGGCACAUGGUAUGUGCUCCACGAGUCCCAGUUCUCGGUGCUGCCUUCCUAGGGCUUUGGUUUCAGUGACAAGUAAAGGGACUGAGGGGGGCAGUUGGUUCCGUCAUGUCCUUUGGUGGAGAUGCACACAGUCUACCUCGUGAGGACGGGCAGAGCAGGACUGUAGGUGCCCCUGGCUGGAGCUGGCUGGGCCUCUGCAGGGUGGGCCCACAGACGUGACCGAAUGGUACACGUGGCCAGGUUUUCAUGUCUUUGGGACGUGAAGAUGAAAGGAGGAGAUCAAAGUCUGCCUGUUAGAAGUGAAAUUUGUUGAUCAGAACCCAGAGCACCAAGGAUACACCUGAAGAGCCUUAUUUAUGCAAACAUCUCUGCAACCCCAAAAUAAACCCUGUUGGGAAAGCAGAAGCACAAACAGCCUUCUCUCUCAGGUUUUGUCUUUGAAACGUGAGUACCCCUGUGUGGCUCUUCUGCAUUAAUUUGAAUACCGUCCAGCACUAGACUUGAAUAACACCCGAACAGGAAGCUGAAUGUUGACAAGUUGUUUUCAUUCUGGAAAGUGAAGCUUAGUGUGAUUCUUAGGUGUGGAUUCCUUAUAACCUCCUAUGUUGAGAUUCCCAAGCUGCGGCCACAGUCCACCCAGUUAAGCCGGUCAUGGGGUCUCAGGAGCCCCCUCGGAGGAGAUGGGACUCAGACAUCCAGGAUAAACAGUAUGGAGGAGAUGAAAAGAUGCAACAGAGCAUCACACAGUCCAAGGCCAGUGGUCAACGAAGACCCACCAGGUCCCGUUAGGGACUUCUCUGUUUUGUUUCCAAACCUCCCUCCCCAGCUUGGCUCGUUUGCAGGCCUCAAGCUCCACGUGCUCGGAUACAUUGCCUUGUCUUUCUGGGUGCCUCCUGGGCGUUUCUGACGCUCCUGUCUUGCCAGGCCGAGACCAGACCUCACACUCAUGCCCUCAGAGGCUGAAGAGAUGACGUCUCAGUUCUGCAUGAAAAUUCAUGGCGCUGCAGUAGCAUUCAUGUUGAAGAAACAUGUCUUCUGCUUGCAUUGGGAGGAACCCCUGCUUUGCAGUGGUAACAGCACCAAGCUGGCCAAGUCUAGUAGGAUGGCAGCAGAAUUCCAGCUUUCCUAGAUAUCGGGGCACCUUCCCUUUUUAAUCCCCCCCUCCAACACACACACUCUUAGUGCAGUGUCUUAGUGCAAGCGUCUUGGUAGCCUUCCCUGCCACCAGGCCUUGGUUUCUGAAACUCUGAAUCUUGGUGCGACAAGGGUUGGAGGCAGGGUGGAGGGAAUCAUGCUUCUUUCCCUUCUAGAACAGGAACUAUGCAGAUUGGCCCAUCUUCCAGAUUUCGGCCAUGUGAGGUGUCAGGAGUGAAUUCUCUGUCCCCCAGGUGCAGAGGGCAGAUGGAAGGUACUGUCACAUUCCCCUGGGGGUGGGUGCUUGGGUGCCCAACGACUCACCUCUAGAAACAUCCAAGCAGCAGCUUCUUUCCCUGAGAAAACUUAAGCUCUAACGAGGCACUUUGCUGGCCAUGCUGUGUGGGAAGCAGUUCUGACUCAGCCUUUCACCGUCUCCCCUUACCCUCCGUGAAGUGCACACAGGUAAUCAGACCAGUGUUAAGAGAACUCCCUUCCCUUCACAGCUCUGAGGAAUCUUUGAUGGAAGACGGAUGUGGGACGUCUCAUUGUGCCACAUAAUCCAAGAUGACAUGCAGUCACUAUACAACUGCUGAGAUCAGAAUCCAAGUGUUCCUGGUAAAUGUGGAAGCAAUCUAAUUUACAUUUGUUUUAAAAAAAAUAGGUUUUCAGUAACUGAAGGAAAAAAAUGUAGCCUACAAUAUAUUUUAUUUAGCUCUGGACAACGGUUCCCAGUUUUAUAGAAUGCAGGUCCCUGCAACACUGUUUUCUGUACAUAUUUUCAAAUUCACUUAUGCCUAGCACCUCUCAACAUGGAGCAUGACAUUACUAAGUACAGCUUUUUAAAGUAAGCUGUUCUGGGAAGAAUGUGUAUAGAAGGAACUCUCAAAUGUCCAAUAAAGCUGCUUCACUCAGCCCCAAACAUAAAAUUCCCCUCUGUGCCUCCACUGCAUGCAGAUGGCUCAUGCACUGGCUUUGGAAACGUGCUUGAUGCAGGUUCUGCAGAAAUUAGUGAAAUGCAAUGGGGAGAGAUGCCCCUGAAGCUGGCAAACAUUCGAUGUGGGGUGGGGGCUGGUGGGCGGGUGCUGAGCCAUGGCAGAAGAGCAGCCAGCUGUGUUCAUACCGUGACCAGCAUGAUGGUGGCAUCUGUGUUGCGUAGGCUGGUCCUUCCAUCUGGAUAAGUGGAAUUCCUGAUGUCAGUCCCUGCUCAGGCCCACGACUUGCAACUUGGCUUGUGGGCUGGAUGGCUGCAUCACACACUGUUGGGAUCAAGAAGCCCCAUCUGGCUCCCAUGCUCAACUACUGGAUCUUCAGAGCAGGUUUCAUCAGAGAUAUAUUAAUCUUGGUCACAAAGCCAAGAAUGAUUGUGUGAGAGUGUAUUUUAGUGACCAGAAGAGGAAAAGUGGAGAAAGAACCAUUGAGAAAUGACAAAAGAUUCAUUGCAAAAUCUUGCCUGAAUUCCAUCUGUGUAACUCUUAGAGGCUGGCAGUGUAGUACAUAUAACAGAGCACUGUAUCCUAACUUUCCCUCCCCCAAAAUGAAGAGGCAGGAACGCUUCCCACCUUACUCUAGAAGGCCAGUAUAACCCCAAUACCAAAGCCAGACAAAGACACUACAAAGUAAGAAAAGUAAAGACCAAUAUCCUUUGGACAUUGAUGUAAAAAUCCUCAACAAAAUACUAGCAAACAGGUUUCAGCAGCAUGUUGAAAGGAUUAGGGCUUCCCUGGUGGCACAGUGGUUAAGAAUCUGCCUACCAAUGCAGGGGAUAUGGGUUCGUGCCCUGGUCUGGGAAGUUACCACAUGCCACAGAGCAACUAAGCCUGUGUGCCACAACUACUAAGCCUGCAUUCUAGAGCCCACUGUCCACAACUACUGAGCCCGUGUGCCACAACUGCUGAAGCCCAUAUGCCUAGAGCCCAUGCUCCACAACAAGAGAAGACACUGCAAUGAGAAGCCUGUGCACUGCAACCAAGAGUAGCCCCAACUCGCCUCAACAGGAGAAAGCCCACAUGCAGCAGCCAAAAGUAAAUAAAUUUUAAAACUUUAAAAAACUAGCCUUAAAAAAAAAUAAAAAAGGAUUAUACACCAUUACCAAGUGGGAUAUAUUCCUGGAAUGCAAAGUUCAACACAGGAAAGUCAGUGUUACAUGCCACAUCAACAAAAUGAUAGGAAGAAACACAUGGUCAUCUCAAAUCAUGCAGAAAAAAAUGAGACGAAAUUCAACAGCCUUUCAUGAAAAAACACUCAACAAAAUAGGAAUAGGAGGAGACCUUAAUAUUUAUAAUAUCUGUAUAUGAGAAACCCACAGCAAACAUAAUAAUGGUGAAAGACUGAAAACUUUUCCUCUAAGGUCAGGAACAAGACAAAAGAUGUGUGCCUGCUUUCACCAUUUCUGUUCAACAUAGUACUGAACGUUCCAGCCAGAGCAAGUAGGUAAGAAAAAGAAAAGGCCUCAAAUUAGAAAGGAAAAAGUAAACUCAUCUGUUUGCAGAUGAAUGGUCUUAUGUGUAGAAUAUCAUAAAGAUACCACAUGCAAAAAGCUGUUAGAUCUGAUAAAUGAAUUCUACAAAGUAGCAGGAUUAGAAGUUAACACACAAAAAGCAGUUGCAUUUCUAUACAUGAGGAAUGAAUGAUCUGAAGACAUUACAGCGAAUUCCCUGGCAGUCUCGUGGUUAGGACUCAGCACUUUCACUGCCAGGGCCUGGGUUCAAUCCCUGGUUGGGGAAUGAAGAUGCCACAAGCUGUGUGGUGCAGCCAAACAAGCACCCCCCCCCACCAUAUUACAAUAAUAAUUACAUUUACAAUAAUAAUUACAUUUACAAUCGCACCAAAAAGAAUAGAAUACUUAGGAAAUAACCAAGAAGGAGAAAGACCUGUACAAUGAAAACUACAAGACAUUCUGAAAGAAAUUAAGAGAAAUAAGUGGAAACCUCCUGUGUUCACUAAUUGGAAGACUUACUAUUAAAACACCAAUAUUACUCAAAAGUGUUCUGCAGGUUCAGUGCAAUCCCGAUCAAAAUCCUGAUGAUUUUUUCUCAGAAAUUGUAAAACUUAUACUAAAUUUCAUAAGGAAUCUCAAGGGAUCCUGAUAGUCAACACAAUCCUGAAAAAGAACAAAACUGGAUGAUUUUCGGUUCCCAGUUUCAAAACUUACUGCAAAAACUAGUCAAAACAGGGUGCUACUGGCUUAAAGACAGACAUAUAGACCAAUGGAAUAGAAUAGAGAGCCCAGAAGUGAACCCUCACGUAUAUGGCCAGAUGAUUUUUGUUUUUUAAUAUUUUACUUUUUAUUUAUUUAUGGCUGCAUUGAGUCUUAGUUGCAGCACACAGGAUCUUCGUUGCGGCACACAGGCUUCUCUCUAGUUGUGGUGCGUGGGCUCAGUAGUUGUGGUGCACGGGAUUAGUUGCCCUGUGGCAUGUGGGAUCUUAGUUCCCUGAUCAGGGAUCGAACCCAUGUCCCAUGCAUUGGAAGGCGGAUUCUUAACCACCGGACCACCAGGAAAGUCCCUGGCCAGAUGAUUUUUGACAAAGGUGCCAAGAUCAUUCAAUGGGGAAAGGAGAGUCGUCUCAGUAAAUGAUGCUGGGAAAACUAGAUAUCCACAUGCAGAAGUAUGAAGUUGGGCCUUUACCUAACACCAAAUACAAAAAUUGACUUAAAAUGUAUCAAAGACCUAAAUGUAAGACUUAACAGUAUAGGGAGUAACCUGGCAGUCUAGUGGUUAGGACUCCAUGCUUUCACUGCCGAGGGCAUAGGUUCGACCCCUGGUUGGGGAACUAAGAUCCCAGAAGCCGUGCAAUGCAGCAAAACAAACAAAACCCACUAUAAAACUCUUAAAGGAAAACAUAGGACUAAAGCUUCAGAACAUUGAAUUUGGCAAUGAUUUCUUGGACGUGUCACAAAAUGCACAGGCAACAAAAGAAAAAAUAGGAACUUCCCUGGUGGUCCAGUGGCAGGGGUUAAGACUCCGUGCUUUCAGGCUUCCCUGGUGGCGCAGUGGUUAAGAAUCUGCCUGCCAAUGCAGGGGACACGGGUUCGAGCUCUGGUCCAGGAAGAUCCCACAUGCCGCGGAGCAACCAAGCCCGUGCACCACAACUACUGAACCCACGAGCCACAACUACUGAGCUCACACGCCUAGAGCCCCUGCUCUGCAACAAGAGAAGCCAACGCAAUGAGAAGCCCGCACACCACAAUGAAGAGUAGCCCCCGCUUGCCACAACUGGAGAAAGCCCGUGCAUAGCAACGAAGA